AUGGCAAGAUACCUCUUCAUUCUCCUUUUCUGGGGCAGCGCAUGGGUACAAUCCGCUAUGCACCCCAACGGUACUUGGGUUAGCGAACCCCUUACUGAAGACGACGCCUCGCCGAUUGACAACCCGAAUACCUACUACCCCGACCAGUACGACUGCCCGCUAGCAUGUGCAGACUACGCAAAUACGCACAGCUGGAUUACGUACUUUUCAAUGGAGCGCAUCCAGCGGUGUAAGGAGGCAAUGCUGCUCGAAUUCUCAAUUUCAACGGCACUUGACGAUCCUCAGACGACACCGCUGAUCCGCAGCUGCACGUUGGGCGGCGGAGACGAUGAAUCCAUGAUCGCAGAAGUCCCUGUCGAAAAUCCAAAGAAGGCAGGAGAUCUUUAUCGAGCGAGCCUCCAGUCUGCACCGGCAUGCGUUCUGGAUGGCAUAGAAACUUCGCACGACAUGCAGAUGACAACUCGCGGCGACGGGCAGGAACGGUCUGGCGAUAUUGUGGGGCUGCUCAUGGGCAUGGGGAUGUAUUUUGCUGCGCGCGAUAAUUGUGACGAGAGGUUCCUGUUCGCGCGUCACAAGGAUUUGGCUGUCGGCGUUCAUGUAGGAGACGACCUGGCAAAGCUAACGGCGGAGUCCGCCCUUAGCUUGCUGGCAGAUCACGUGCGAUCCAACGGAGCUCGGACGCCGGACCAGAUCGUCGUCGAGCUCUGCGGUGGCGGACGCCAGGCACGAAACGCGUUCGGCCUCAUUAUCGACAGCACGGGUGAUCUUAUUCAGGUCCAGAAAGCAGUAUUAGGGUGGAGCAAUGGAAACUGCACACUACCGGACGGGCAGAGCGUCGUCGGUCAUCUCCCAGAUGUGCGAGUAGUGGAUCUUCAUGGCGUCAACAAUACGAUCAAUGCCAACAGUACCAGCAAUGUCGCCAACAACAACGCUACCCAUGUUCGCAAACGCGCCGUGCCGCAAGCGGGAUCCGAUGGCGUCUGCGCAACACACCUUAUCCAGAAUGGAGAUACUUGCGAUCGAUUGUCCGGACAGUAUGGCGUGACUAUCGGCAACCUUGAGAAGUGGAACAGAGGAAAGACUUGGGCAUGGACUGAGUGCAAGGAUAUGCUGAUCGGCUACAGCAUGUGCGUCAGUGACGGCUUGCCCCCCAUGCCACCGCCACAGCAAGGUACCCAGUGUGGGCCCCUGGUUCCUGGCACGCAACGACCGACGAAUAAAGCAUCACUAGCUGAUCUGAAUCCGUGCCCUUUGAAGGCAUGCUGUAGCAAUUGGGGCUUUUGCGGUGUAUUUCCAGCCCAUUGCGACAUCCAUGCGCCCAAGGAUGGUGCGCCAGGCAGCAAAGACAAGAAUUUCCAGAACACCUGCGUCUCGAAUUGCGGCAAUCAACUGAUGGACAAUUCUCCAGCCCCGAACGAAUUUAUGCGAAUCGGCUACUAUGAAGCAUAUAAUCACAAACGUCCUUGUCUGCGGCUCAACGCUCGAGAUGCAAACGUCGGCGAAUCCUACACGCACAUCCACUGGGCGUUUGCCGACAUCAACCCCGACAACUGGAAGCCCGCUAUUCGAGACGGCUCUGACCACUGGAAAGACUUCAAGGAACUGAGAAAUGUCAAGCGCAUUGUUUCAUUUGGCGGCUGGGCGGCUUCGACAGAACCGGCAACGUACAACAUUAUUCGCGGAGCUAUCAUAGACCACCGGGAUGAGUUCGCUAGGAAUCUCGCCCAAUUCGCCAAAGUGGAAGGCAUUGAUGGCAUAGACAUCGAUUGGGAAUACCCGGGUGCUCCUGAUAUACUAGUCGAUGGCCGACCUAUUGGCCGACCAAGCGAUGGCCUGAACUAUCUCAAGUUCCUUACGGUCUUGAAGAAAGAAUUGGAACCUGGCGUCUCUGUAUCCAUCGCCGCACCGGCCUCGUACUGGUAUCUUAAAGCUUUUCCUAUCGACAGGAUUGCGGUAGUCGUUGACUACAUUGUUUACAUGACUCAACUACACGGAGACGCGAAAUUCUCUAGCUAUGAAACUCCAGGCUACCUCGCUUACGCCGAGAUCACUGAGCUUAUCACCAGCCCUGGUGAGAACUCGUCUCGAACCUUUUUCGAUAAGCAGUCGCGUACUGAUGUCAUGGUGUACACUGGUGACUACAUCAGUUAUAUGACUCCUGAAACCAAGGACGCCCGACGUGCCGAAUGGAAAUCAUUCAACUUUGCUGGGACUGUUGACUGGGCCGUUGAUCUCCAGGAGUUCACUGCGCAGGAAAUGAGCAUUCUACCUCCACGACCCGAGAGUGGUCAAGGCUGUACCUCCGGGGAAGAUCUGCCAACCGAGAAGACUGGACUCAACAUCGUAGCUUGGGACGAGUUCAAUGUGGAACUAAACCGACUUUGCAUGUUUGCUUGCAAAUACAACUAUUGCCCCGAGGAGAUAUGUACCACUCCUAUCGAUGGGCCCGAUGAAAGUGGACCACACGGAUUUGGGGAGGAUUUUGGCAACGGCGAAGAUCCCAACUAUUACAACAAAACCGCAGCGAAACUCGCCAAUGAUCAGACAUGCAUCAUAUACAGGGACCCAGCAUACAACGAAGUGAGCAAGACUCAGUGCAAACCCAUUUGUCAGGACGCACUAGAUGAGGCGGCAGAGGAGGGGAGAACAUCUAAUUACGGGUGUAUCGGAUUCUACCCUAUGGAAACCAGUAUUCCUUGGGAGAGAGGACCGGGAGCGGGUAGUCAGUUGAUUGCGCCUGGGAAAUGUUUGUGCGACAACUUCCUCCUCAACGAACUGGCAGACACUGUUCUGGAAGCAAUGCCCUUGAUCGCUCAGAUUAGUUGCUAUGUGCUCAUGUCAAGUAUCAAACUCGUAAUCGACGUCGGAGUUCAAUUCAUACCCGUAGUGGGCAAGAUUCUCGAUAUUGGUCUGGAUAUGGCUACAACAGCCGCACAGAUGGCUGCGUAUCUGUAUCCCGAAGAAGAAGACCCCGAGGGCGCAUUCUCAUGGUGGCUGAGUCCAUGCGGGGGUACGGACCUGGUGCCGCAAGAUAUCAAGAAAGCUUUCGAAAUCUUGAGCACCGUAGCCAACGGUGUAUCGAGCUUCAAGCCGCCAAAGCGCAUGAAACGUCACAGUCGCAAAAAGGGUGACGACGGUAACCCAAUCGAUAGCUCAAGGUCCCGUCGACCAGGUGGAGGUGGCAGCGGUAAUGGCGUUACUAAGCCAGCAAAGAAAUGCAGAGUACCCGCAGGGAAAUCAACACUUCGUCUCGGCGAGGCCUCCAACACACUUCGCAAGCAGUCCUGCGUCAACGGUUCAACAAGAAAAGAGAACAUGGUCAUUACCUCGCUCGCUUUUGCGCCAAAUGCGGUGCCAGUGCAAUUCAAAGCGACUUGUUCGCAAGAGAAUUCACAAGCUUGUUACCAUUACAGCUCAGUCAUUCGAAAUCAUCCGUCAUGGUCGACUCUGACCUGCGAUGAGGAAAACGCUACUAUCAAGCACCGGCUCGACGCGAAAGCCACCGAUGUCUGGACCUACCAGCAUAAUGGUCGGGGAUGGGUAAAGCCGGACGAUUGCGAUCGAGAUGAGUACCCACCCGCCUAUCUAUUGCACAGAAACCAUCCCGCCUUUUUGAAAGCCGGCGUCGAUGCUCAAGGCCAGAUGGUACGCGUUUUGCCAGCCGAUGAGAACAGACGCGCUGGCAGGAUGUGGAAGGGUGCAUGCUUCAAGCCUCCGCUUGAAGAUCUGACGAACUCCGAAUUCGCGGCAAAAGCCAACGCUGCCCCCAACAAGGUAUACGCGAUGAAGAAGGGGUAUCAGUACACUGAAGUACACGUGACCGUCACUCAGCGCCCUGAGUUUACGAUUGCUGCAUGGGGCCAUGCUGCUGCCCCACCCAACGAAGGUUUGGACCAGAACAGCUGUUGGCCUUCAAACAUUGCAGCUGCUGAUCCUGGCUUUGUACUGUUGACUUAUGAUCCUUGGUACUCGAACAUGGCUCCUCCUUACAAUUACAAGAAACCGUACGUUCAGGGUGCCAACGGAUCUUAG